CCGCCCCCUCUCCCUCUGAUCCCUGCUUUUCGCAGCAUUGCAGCAGAGAGCAGCCGCAGCCGCCCCGAUCAGCACCAUGGCCAGCACCGUGUCAGCCUACAAGGAGAAGAUGAAGGAGCUGUCCAUGCUGUCCCUGAUCUGCUCCUGCUUCUACUCCCAGCCACACGCCAGCACCAUCUAUCAGUAUGAAGACAUGGAAGUGAAACAGUUAAAUAAAAGGGCAUCCGGGCAGAGCUUCGAGGUCAUUUUGAAGUCACCUUCGGACUUGUCACCUGACAGCCCACCCCUCGCUGUGUCCCCCAGGAAGAGGGACAUCUCUCUGGAGGAGCUUCAGAAGAGACUGGAGGCUGCAGAGGAGAGGCGGAAGUCCCAGGAGGCACAGGUGCUCAAACAGCUGGCGGAGAAACGGGAACAUGAGCGAGACGUCCUCCAUCGGGCCAUCGAAGAUAACAACAACUUCAGCCGCAUGGCCGAGGAGAAACUGAACUACAAGAUGGAGCUGAGUAAGGAGAUCCGCGACGCACACCUGGCUGCGCUGAGGGAUCGUCUCCGCGAGAAGGAGCUGCACGCGGCAGAAGUUCGCAGGAACAAGGAGCAGAGAGAAGAGAUGUCUGGAUGAAAGCCGCCGUCGAACGAGCUUCCGCGCCCAUUCCCCAAAUCCGCAGACCAAACUAUUUUAUUUCAAAGUCAUCCAUCCGGCCUCCUCGCUCCAUAUCCUCUCCUUUUUCCCUCUCCUCUCCUCACUCCAUCUCUCCACCCUCGUCUUAACUUCAUGGCUUUAUAUUUCUCACCUCCAUGACAUCACACGUCCGCGGGGGGUGGGGGGU